AUGGAUUAUAAGGCUGCUCAUCCUUCCUGCUUUCUUAUUCAUUCUUUGACCAUGGGGAACCAGCUCCUGUUUUGUACUCUGUUGGCACUGAUUCCUGCUCUUGUAACAUCCGAUUUUUUAAUCUCUAAUAUCAGAAACAUCAAGGUAAGAAUACAUGGAAGCAGCGAUUGAAAUAAUAGGAUUGAUACAAACAAUCCCAUGUUGGCAUUGAAAUGCCAUCGAAAGUGAAGUGAAAAAAGAUUUAGAAAUUUGGUCAAAUUUGAAGCUUUCACUGCUGGGCCGUAUUGCUGCGAUAAAAAUGAAUGUAUUGCCUAGAAUGUUGUUUUUAUUUCAAACAUUGCAAAUUGUGGACAAAAUGGAUUGUUUCAAGAGGUGGCAGAAAGAUAUUUCUAGAUUUGUCUGGCAGGGCAAGAAGCCUAGAAUAAAAUUUAAAAUACUAACGGAUGCAAAAGAAAGAGGUGGAUUUGCCCUGCCAGACCUCAAACUUUAUUAUGAAUCAGCAGCUUUUUGCUGGUUGAAAGAAUGGCUGCUUCUUGAAAACACUGACAUUUUGGAUCUAGAAGGUUUUAACAAUGUAUUUGGAUGGCAUGCAUAUUUGUGGUAUGAUAAGGUCAAAGCACAUCAAGCAUUUAAAAACCAUAUUGUCAGGAAAGCGCUGUUUAAUGUUUGGAUAAGAUAUAAGGAUUUAUUAGAAAACAAAACUCCAAGCUGGCUGUCACCAAUGGAAGCGAAAGCCUUGAAAAAGCUCAAUAUGGAGGUCAAACGGCCGAAAUAUUGGGAAAUUUUGGAACAAGAUGGAGAUAGACUGAAAUUGCAGAGUUUUGAAAAACUAAAAAACAAAGUGUGAGACUGGCUUCAUUAUUUUCAGAUAAUGGAGGCAUUUAAAUUGGACAAGAAAAUUGGCUUCCAGGUGGAAAAAUCAAAAUUAGAAACUGAACUGUUAGAACCCAAAACUAAGAAUUUGUCAAGAAUGUAUAACUUGCUGCUAAAAUGGAACACUCAGGAUGAAACGGUAAAAUCUGUUAUGAUUAAAUGGGCACAAGACGUUGGACACAACAUUAUGUUCGCUGACUGGGAACAGUUAUGGACCACAGGUAUGAAAUUUACGGCAUGUAAUGCCCUAAGAGAGAAUAUUAUGAAAAUGAUAUACAGGUGGUACAUAACCCCAGUCAAGCUUGCAAAAAUUUAUCAUUUGCCCGAUAAUAAAUGUUGGAAAUGUAAAGAAACUGAAGGUACAUUUUUUCACCUUUGGUGGACGUGCCCAAAGAUUAAGGCUUUCUGGGAAAUGAUAUAUAAUGAAUUAAAAAAGGUAUUUAAAUAUACCUUCCUCAAGAAACCAGAGGCCUUUCUCCUGGGCAUAGUCAGCCAAACGGUGUUUAAAAAGGAUAGAACUUUCUUUAUGUAAGCAACAACAGCAGCAAGAAUACUCAUUGCAAAGUAUUGGAAGACACAAGAGCUUCCCACACUGGAGGAAUGGCAGAUGAAACUGAUGGACUAUAUGGAACUGGCGGAAAUGACUGGCAGAAUCCGUGACCAGGGAGAAGAGUUGGUGGAGGAAGACUGGAAGAAAUUCAAAGACUAUCUGCAGAAACAUUGCAAAAUUAAAGAAUGUUAGAGUGAUGUUGGAUUGAAAAUAAGUGGCUUCCAGCUGUACAGGAUUUAAAGUUAUAUAUAGAUCAAGAUUAAGGAUUAGGAUUAAAAAAGUUAAAGGAAAUGGAAAUUUGGUCUUUAAGAGGUAAAAUUUAAUGUUAUAUUAUAUUAAGAUUAAAGAUUGGGAUUAAGAAAGAGGGAAAGAAAUUGCUGGACAAACAAUUUGAACUGGAAUACAAAAGAGGGAGGUAUGAGGAGGUCCAGAAAAUAAGUAAAUUUAAAAAUGGAGAUGAAAAGGUGGUAUUGUUUUUAACUGUUUUCUUUUUUCUUUUUUCUUUUUUUUCUGGAUUAUGUAUUGUGUACUUUUGAAUUGUGUAUUUCUUUUUUUAUUUUCAAUUUUUUUUAUCGAUGUGUUCUUUUUAUUGGAAACCUUAAUAAAUAUCAUUUAAAAAAAAGAAAAGAAAUGCCAUCGAAAGGCUUCAGGGGCAGGGCUUUGCAAGUGUAAAUGUUUUUCUUCCAGUGCAUGAAUAUCCCUAGGACAAAAACAGAGUGAUGUAUGGAUUAUUUCUCCUUGUAUCAAAGUAGACUCCCAGAUAUCCUAGAUAUUAUCUCUUGUACUCAAAGGAUCCCUAGAUGCCAGGUGUGUCCAUUGGCAUUAUAAGCAUCUAGGACUGCAAUGCUAUACACACUUCUGUGCGAGUAAGGGCCCUUGAAUUCAAUGGGACUUACCUCUGAGAAGAUAGGGUUGCACUAUAGGUUACAAUUCAGAUAAUGGGUAAGUCAGAUCAGUAGAGGCCCUGCCGCUAGUUUUGUAAUGCCCAUGUUCCAUGUUGAGUGGUGAAAGGUUGGGAGACACUGCUGUCUGAACUCCUGCAGACCUGUUGCCAGUAAGAUUAGACGAUACUGAGCUAAAUGGACCAAUGGUCUGGCUUGGUAUAAGACAGCUUCCUAUUUUCCCCAUCUCUUCUGCACCUAGUCUCCAGAAUGAUCAGAACGAACCCUCAGAAUAAAGUGGACAAAUGCUUGGAGUCAGAGAUGGGCUCGAUGAGGGCUAAUAAACUGAAAUGCACCUAUUAGUGUGAGCAUUUCCAAAUCAAUAUGGUAAUAAUGAAAUCUAUUAUUUUGUUUUUCUUUACAGAAAAGAAAUGUUGCAAAUAAUGUAAGUACUCGUCUUAUUUUUAAACUUAGGUUGUUCUUGGCAUAUAGGGGAGGAUAGCCUGAGGGGAGAUUACGUGCUCUGCCUGGUUUUUAGUGUUUAAUUUCCCAAUCUCAGCACUGAAAUCAGGACACGAAACCUCUCUUCCUUUCCACAGACCAUUUGAUUGUGACACCCCCCCCCACACACACCUUCAGUAUGUGGUGUGAAGAUAAUAUGUUUAAUAUGAUGUCCCUUUUUCUUGUACAGUGGUACCUCUGGUUAAGUACUUAAUUCGUUCCGGAGGUCCGUACUUAACCUGAAACGGUUCUUAACCUGAAGCACCACUUUAGCUAAUGGAGCCUCCUGCUGCCGCCAGAGCACGAUUUGUGUUCUCAUCCUGAAGCAAAGUUCUUAACCUGAAGCACUAUUUCAGGGUUAGCGGAGUCUGUAACCUGAAGUGUAUGUAACCCGAGGUACCACUGUAUUUUGUACUGCUUGUCAAUCAAUGAUAUGUCCUAGGAUGUAAGUCUGAAAAUCAAUAAAAGGUUUUUUUAAAAAAAAUAAAAAUAUCCAUCUGCACACUCCUUAGAUAUCCUCUGUAAAGAGCAAGCAAAGGGGUUCCCAGCUCAGCACUAAGCACCACAGCGCUUUGAUCAGAGAGAAGCCCUUUGCUUGAUCUUUACCACCACCCCAGCAUUGAGAGUGGGGGAGAUGCUGCCUUUUACUCUUAAAGAGCAAACAGUGGGAUUUUGUCUCCUGAUCUCAGUGCUAAGCAGCACAGCACUCACAUUGGAGACAAGCCCUCUGCUCAGUGGCGUAGCGUGGGGGGUGCAGGGGGGGCCGGCCGCACCGGGCGCAACAUCUGGGGGUUAGGGUUAGGGGGCGCAAAUCCACGGGUUAGGGGCGCAAAUCCACGGGUUAGAGGGCGCAAAUUACUUGCCUUGCCCCGGGUGCUCACAACCCACGCUACGCCACUGCCUCUGCUUGCCCUUGACAGCAUUUUUCAGCCAUCUCCACCCCAGUAGGGACGGCAGAAAAUGCUGGUUGUUUGUAUGUGCAUGUAUGUUUGUGUGCAAAGUAUAUGCAUAAGUGUGUGUUGUGAGAGAGUGGAGUGCUCUAUGCCUGCAUGCCUCUUGAGUUUGUGUGUUGUAUGUGUGCUGAGUGUCUGUGGUCUGCAUGUAUGUGGCAUGUGUCGUGCAUGUAUGUGGAGAUACUCCCACUGCUGGCAUUGCGGCCCUUGAACAAAGAAAGGCUAGUUAACCCCUUAGUUAUAGGUACAUCCCAUUAAUGACAAAACCUUUUAUUAUUACAUUGGUUCUGUUUUAAAUAUUAAUGCUCUUAGCCCUGCUAAUUAUUUCAAGAUAUGGAAUUUGCAAUGCAAGAUAGGAAAGUUUCAUGGUCAGUGGUCAAGGAUGAUGACAGCUGUAGUCCAACAGUAUCUAGAGAUUGGGAAUCAAUCCCUUCAGUCAAUUUGGGUUUCCCUGAAUUGUAGAAAGAAUGCAUGUUUUUGAAAUGUAAUGCUGCAAUCAAACUUUGUUCAGCACAUAUUUGCCUAAGUUGCUUAAUAAAUCAAGGACAGGGGAAAAAGUAUGUAGAAAUAAGGGGUUAAAUAAACAAGCAGGAAGAACAAACAAAAAAUCAGCACUAAGUUCCCUUUUCUUUUGGGGAUAGGUUGAGGGUUUGCUGCAUGUACAGGACCAAAAGUACACAUGUGUAUUGUGCCUGCUGGGCAACUGGGAAGCAAUGAAAGGUUAACAACAACCCCCUUUCUUAUCAAAAUCUGAGCCACUACUAUGGUUUUGAAGUAACAAAAAUAAAAAUAAAAUGGAGUGGAGUGGGGGGAAUCAAAUGAAGGAUCUGCUAUACUAGGAGAGUUUUUGUCCUUAGAUAGAAAAAGCACUCAAGAGCAAGGUUAAGCUUGUCACUUGACUCCUGGUAGUCUCUACAAUUCCUCUCUGAAGUAUUAGUUAGCAAUAUUGUCAAUAAAGAAAUACCUCUCCUCCUCAGGGCUACUUCACACUGUAAUGUUUCUGGGUGGGUCCAAUAACAAGCACCAAUAAUGACUCACUCGCUGGAUCAUCACCUUGUUGUGGUGAGUGGGAUUGCCCAUUCCUAUGACCCUUGUGAGUGAAGCUGUCAAGAGUCUUGUACUCCCAGCAGGGUCACCCAAGGCAGUAAGGUCAAAGGGAAAGAGCUAGACAAAGAAUGAUCCAAGAAGUCCUCAAUGGCAGAACAGGUGAAAGAUAGCAAGUGGUAUGUUACAAUGGCUGUGAAGGUGGAUAAAGGCUGCAGCAGAUAAGAAUCUACCAAUCAUUGUGACACUGCGAAGACUGUGUGUUGGUCAACUGAUCUACACACUUAAAACAAAUUCACGCACAGGUGUCUUCCAAAAACCCAUCCUAAACCCCAAUCCAAAUGUCCCAUGGUGAUCAGCAAAUGCUAAUGGGGGCAGGACCAUGAAAUCUGGAAGCCCCUAGACAUGAACCAGCACAUGGUCAGUGGAUACAGAUUCAGUUGUUCUGAUUCAAGGAAUGAGGCAGUUGAGUACCUCAGCAGGAUCCACUCUGUUCACCCUGAGAAGGGGGAGGGGCUAGACUGGCUUGGGAAGACAGGUGAACUAAUGCCAGUGUACUGGAAGAAGCAAAGAUCACCAGUGCUGAAGCAAGGAUUCUUCAGCACCAACUUUGUUGGACUGGUCAUGUUGUUUGGUUGCCUGAUUAUCAUCUUCCAAAGCAACUACUCUAUUCUGAACAUAAAAAUGGAAAGUGUAAUGCUAGUGGUCAACAAAGGAGGUUUAAAGACUCCCUGAGAUCUAGGGGUAUAGGGUGGUAUACAAAUUUAAUAAAUAAAAAUAUAACAAUAGCACUUUGCCAGUGUAGUAGUGAGGAUAAUGUUAUUCCAUCUUUUGUAUCAAAAAUAUCAAGAAAAUGAAUGGUAAUUCUAUUUACUGUUUCAUUUCUGUUCUACGUUGAGGGAUUAAAACGGUGUACUGAAAUAAAUAUUUGAUUUAUACAUAUCUUGCUCAUUCAAAUUCUGAUUGGUUAUUGUUUCACUAUUGCAUCAAACAAAUGGUGGUGAUUUUUAGUUUCUCUGUCUCUCCAGAUCACUGAUGAAAUAGAUAUUUACAGCCUGAAAAUUGAGUGCUUCGUUACCUCCCGAUUUUCCCACAAUGUCAUCACUAGUCGAGCUGUCAAUCGUGCCAAUGUCUCCAAGGAAGCCUUAUUUGAUGUGGAGCUUCCAAAGACGGCUUUCAUCACCAACUUCACCAUGUGAGUACAACUUACUUUCUAAACAACUGUCUUGAGGAAUUGAGCACAAUACAACUCAGUCUUCGUAGACUUAAAAUACUUGGUGUUUCAUUAUUUCCUUUGCUUUCCAUCUGAUUUCUUUAGUUAAAGGGUGAUGGUUAGUUUACAAAUAGGCUCAGUUGCCCUGAAAAUAUAUCUGUGAUGUUUCCCCCCUCACAAUGACUGGUCAAGGCAUGUUGCAACUUGGAUUUCACAUGUGAUAGGAAAAUUGUUGCAGUAAAUGUGUUGAGUGAAUGUCUGCAGUUGCUCAGCUGGUGGGUUAAAUUUUCCUCCUCUGCACUUUUCUUUCAACUUGUCCAACACUUGACCCAACACUGUUUUAACAAUGAGCCCUCUUUGUGGAAUGAGUUUUCCUCAUGACUGCAUAUUUGGUAAAAACUACAGUUUCCUCAUAUAAUACUUAGCCUAACGUUUACCAACCUGGUGCCUUCCAGAGGUUUUGGGCUGCAAUUCUUAUGAGCUAAAGCCAGCACGGACAAUGAUCCAAUAUGAUGGAAGUUGUAGUCAAAAAAACCUCUGAAGGGCACCAGCUUAGGGAAGGCUGCUCUACCUCAAGCUUCCUGUGAACAAAGACACUUAUGCACAAUAACAGAACAAUGCAUUUUAUCGUUUCAGCUGCAAAACUCUGCCACUGUGCUGCCUUGCACUGUUCAGGAGAGCUGUGCCAGUGCCAGUGUUAGGAGGGUGGAUCUGUGGGUUUGUCCCAUCACACCAACUGCUACUGCUCAGCUACAUUGGCACAUGAGUUUAUCAAAAGUCUUCUUUGGGGUAAUAGCCGCCCCUUCCUUCUCAGAGGAACCCAGGAAGCUUCUUUCCAUCUAGCCCAGUGUUGUCUACUAAUUGGCAGGAGCUUUCUAGGGUUUCAGACAGAACUCUGUCUCAGUGCAGGGAUUGAGCCUGGGGUUUAAGCAUGGAAAGCAAGUACUCUGAGCUCAGACCCUUCCUCUUUGACUGCAAAACAAUUGAUAUUCUACUACAUGGUAUUUAAUACACCUAACCCAGGGGUGUUGGGUGUAUUAACGGCAUUGUUGUUGGUCUCAGCCUCCAAUCAGACUUCAACAACAUGGCCAAAGGUCAGGGAUGAUGACAGCUGGCAUCCAACAACAUUGAAAAGUCACCACACUGGAUGCCCCUGGCUUAAGACACAUGAAAACAUUCAUCGUUUAAACAAAUGUACAAUGUACCCAGAAAAAGACGAAUUCCUGUAAACUGUAACGUGGAGGGAGGCAAUGUGAUUUACAAAGAAGCCAAUGAAAUUAUUUUCAGAUAUCUGCAUAGGAGUUCAGAUAUUUACCUGCUGUUUCUUCUCUAGGACCAUUGAUGGUGUCACCUACCCUGGAACAAUAAAGGAAAAAGAGGCUGCGCAGCAACAGUAUCAAAAGGCAGUUUCAAGAGGACAGACUGCAGGUCUUGUAAAGUGAGAGUGAGACCCUUCCAUAUCCUGAUAGUUUAUUUACACUCAUAGAAUCAUAGCAUUAUAGAGUGGGGAGGGACCCUGAGGGUCAUCUAUAUGGUUUUUGGGUUUAUAUUUUUCAUUCUUAUUUUGUGAACCUCCUUGAGAUCUAUGUCCACAGCAUUCUCCUAAUCCACCAAGUUUGUAACUCGACUCAAAAAAAGGAAUUGGAUUUGUCUGGCACAAGUUGUUUUUGAGAAACCCAUGCUGGGCUUUAGCGAUCACUGCAUCCUUUUCUAAGUGAUCACAGACUGACUGUUUAAUUAUCUGUUCUUGGACCUUUCCUGAUAUUAAUGUCAAACUGACUGAUUUAUAGUUACCUGGGUCUUCUCCCCUCCCCUCGCAACUUUCUGAAGAUAGGUACAACAUUUGUCCAUCUCCAGUCUGCAGGGACCUCACCUGUGCUCCAAGAAUUAUCCAAGAAGAUUAUAGACAGAGCCUCUGUGUUAACACCCCCAAGCUCCUUUAGUACCCCUUCAGUGAAGCUCAUCAGACCCUGGAGAUUUGGAUUUUUUUAAAAAAGUUGACAGAUCUAAGGGUUUCAAUGGGAUUGUUACUUUUGUAACAUUAAUGCUGUUAAUCUUGUAACAAACUUCUUUUUAACCUGUGAAGGGCUUCUGGAAGAAAAACUGAAAAAUUCAGUGUUUCAGUCAACAUUGCAGCAGCCAGCAAAGUCACUUUUCAGCUGCAAUAUGAGGAGCUAUUGAAGAGAACCUUUGGAAAAUAUGAAUUGUUUCUAAAAGUAAACCCGAAGCAGCUUGUCAAUAAAUUUGAGGUAAUGUACCUAUUAUAUCAAAUGGAACUGUUGUAAAAGUUCGCCAAAAUUGUAUUAAAUGAGUGACGAAAGCUCAAAGAACUGAAUGCAUCUUGUUAAAGAAGAUAGGUGAUUGGUUCUGAGUUACUUCUCUUUGCUGCAAGGGUGUUUGCUGUAGUUAAGAUGCUUAACUCCAUCCGAACUGUAGUAUCUGUGACUUUGUCAAUUACAGCAUUAUUCAAAUUAACAUUUCAGAUCGAGGCAAACAUAUUCGAGCCCCAGGGCAUCAGCUUUCUGGACGCAGAAGGAUCUUUCAUCACCAAUGACUUGUUACCAGUCAUACAUAAGUCUUUCUCAGGGAAAAAGGUAUGUUUUACAAUGAUACAUAAGGACAGUUCCACAGCACUAAAAAUGUUCACUAAACUUGAGAUAGCAAUAAUUAAUUGGGAGGUCUGGGCUAGAUGUUUAUUUGUGGGCUAGAUGUUUAUUUCAGAGUAUUUAAUCUUCAAGGUACUUACUCUCUUGCAAUGUUAUUGUUCAUGUUUUCAACAGUAACGCCAGGUGAAGAACAAAAAACCUUUCAUAACUGUUUGUUAAAAUUUCACAUGGAUGGAUGCUUGUGCUUUCAGGGUCAUGUUUCUUUCAAGCCUACUAUGGACCAACAGCGAACUUGUGUAGAUUGUCAAACAACACUGUUGAGUGGAGAUUUUGUCAUAAAAUACGAUGUGAACAGAGAAACCCCAGGCAAUUUACAGGUAAACAGAACUGAUGUGAACUGAUGUGCCAGUGGAUGUGAUUGUAAUGUCAUCCAACACUUGUUUUUGUUUUUGUUUUGCAGAUGGUCAACGGGUACUUUGUACAUUUCUUUGCACCACAAAAUGUUUCACAUUUGCCCAAGAAUGUUGUUUUCAUUAUAGAUAUCAGUGGCUCAAUGUCCGGACGAAAAAUAGAUCAGGUAACCAAGUACUCUAAAAUCAACUUGUAAUGUAACCAACACUUAAGUUAAUGGAGAGAGGGUGUCUCAUAAUCAUUUAUUCCAAGCAGUUUAGACAGAAUGCCUGCAGAGUUUAGUGGAUGCUUUUGCUGAGUAUAUACUUAAGUCAUUUAGAGCCUGGCUGCAGGAUUAUUUAAGGUUUUGUGAUUAGGGCAAUUAGGGAAAUUGCUAGUAGACAACUCACCUUAUUUGAGAAACCAUUGUUUUCUGGAGAAACCGUAGAAAAGAUAUUCUAUUACUAAUUUGUAAACUAUUACUGUCCCCUUUUAACUGUCCCCUAUAGACACUGUGAAAUAGCAGUAACAGCAAAGAGAAAGAACAGAGGACAAAAAUCCUACAUCAUGGAAACACAGUAAUAAAAACAUCCCGUCUCUGUCACUUCCCACAAUGUGGAAUGAAAACCUACACCGUCAUGUGAUAUAAACAAUCCCAUGACUGCAACACGGUGAAUGAAUCCUAACACCCCUCACUGAUAUGUUGGAGAGGGUGUCAGUUAACUGGUACCUGUUAUCAUUUGGGGAGGAGACUACCCCUUAAUAUAGCAAUUUUGGUUCUUCAUCUUUGUGGAAAUUGGCAAAAUUACUAAACAGCACUUUAACACUUUGUCCACAUUAAUAAUGACCUGAUAUGCUUGCUUAUGCAAGCAGCGAGAACUAUUAUAGUAAGACACUGGAAGAACCUAGAAGGAGUAAAUGUUAUAAAUUGGUAUAGAAAGGUAUGGCAGACUGCACUAUUAGAAAAAAUUGACAAAUAGAUUGAGACUUCCACGGGGACAAAUUUAAAAAGACAAUUUUAAUGCAACUUGAGUUGACUUUAUAGAUUUUAUGAGCACAGCCACAAUUGGUAAUCUUAUGGCAGCAGCUUUUCAUAUUGUAUAACCUCCCCUUCCUUUGGUGAACUGGGAGAAAGGGAAAGAUUUCUUUUAUAAAACCUCUUUAUCAUAACAUCACUUAUACUACUGGUGCUCUAGCUGUAUUACUAUUUUGAAUUAAGGUUUAAUCAUUUCUAUUACUUCCAUUAAUCUCAAAGUAUUAUUUAUUUUAAGAUUUUGCACUAUAUUUUGGGUUGUGUGAAUCAUGAUUUACUAUAUAUUAGUUGUAGUUUGAUUAGUUUGUUGCAUUCUUCUUCUUCUUUUUUUGGUAUGUUAUACUGGUGUAACACCAAAUCAGUUAUUGAGCACGCUACUCUUAUGGAAAUUCCAAUCUUGGUGUUUUAUAACUCUUAUUGUGGGAAAAUAUUUGGUGUUCUUAUUGUUAAAGAUGUGAUAAGCAUUUUUUUAUUAAAAAAAUAUCGCUGAUUGUCCAGUAGAGGUGGAAAGAAGGGAGUUCCCCACUGCAACUCUCCUUGCCCAUGAAACAGUUGAUUGAUGAUAUCCUCCUAUUCUACAAGAGCUCAAUGCUCACAGAAGAUGCCCAGCAGUUUCCCACCAAGGACUCUAUAUAAGAGUCCAGGGUAUCCAGAGCUGCCACAGAACUCUUGAGAGCUCCCAGGGUCAUGCCUUGCAAGCUGUUGUCUCUGCAAGCACUGAGCUCCAAAUGAAGCCUUAUAUGUUUUCUAGACCUGGAGUUCCAUAAACACCACCUCUCCAAAAGAGCUAACUUAGCUCAGUUGGUUAGAGCAUGGUGCUGAUAAUGCCAAGGUUGCAGGUUUGAUCCCCGUCUGGGACAGCUGCAUAUUCCUGCAUUGCAGGGGGUUGGACUAGAUGAUCCUCAGGGUCCCUUCCAACUCUACCGUUCUAUGAUUCUAUGAUUCUAUCUUAGCUUGUUAUGCAGCCUUUGGGGGCUAGGGAAACAUGAAAGACUCCUCUUCUGAUUCAGAGGAGGGAGGCAAGCCUGAGUCCUCCAGUUGAGGGAGUCCCAUUCUAUAUCUGUAUACAGGUUCAAAAGUGCCAGGUGGGAAGAGGGAGUAAUAGUUUGUUUAGUUACCAAAGAGAUCUCAGCAAUCAGCUUACUCCAAAAUUCAGCCACCUUUGAACAAUCCCUUCAUAUGUGCUUAUAUGUACCAACUACAUGACAGUCCCUCCAACACAGUGAAGAUGUAUCAGGAUAGAGAAAACAGAGCAGUCACAGAGUAGGGUACCUGUCAUGUACUAACUUUUGAGAGAGCUCUCAAGUUUGAGCUGAAUGGAGACUUGGCCCACAGACCUUUCUUCUGCUCGUCAUCCAUCUGUAUGUCCCAGUUACAUUCCUACAAGGGCUUUUGACUCUGAGCCCCUUUAGGUUCUGUUUCUUCAUCAGUGCUCUGGCUUUAAUUGUUUGCCCUUCAUUAUUUGUACUUUAGACAAAGGAGGCAUUGUUAAAAAUAUUAGAAGACAUAAAGGAAGAAGACCACUUCAAUAUCGUGUUGUUUGAGAGUGAUGUAGUGAAAUGGAACGAUACCUUAAUACAAGCUACUCCUGAAAACCUGGCUGAAGCAAGACGCUAUGUUCAGAGUAUUUAUGCUCGUGGAUGUAAGUUGCAGGAGGAGUGGGAUUUUAUUUAUUUAACAAAUGUAAUAUUCUGCCCUUCCCUUUGAAGAACUUCAGAGCAGCUUGUAGUUAAUAAAAAAAAUAAUACAAUAUUCAGAAAUAAAACACUAAAAUAAUUAUUCUACAGCAGGACAAUAUUUCUAUCAGCAGUUCUAUUAGCUGUAUUAUAAUCAAAAAUAUAACAUUUUUAAAAAGCCUAAGUAAAUGAAAAUAUCAUUACAUGGUUUAAAAGGUUGUAAUAUUUGGUGUAAGAUCAACCUCCAUGCUGACAAUAUUCCAGAGAUAGGUUGCCACGACAAAAAGUCUAUAGUUGCCUAAUCUAUGCCAGCACAGAGAAGGGUUAUGGAGGCUCUGAACUGCUUAAAAAAACACACCCUCUGCUGAAAAGCAGGUCACUGACACAAUAGUGGUGGAUAGGCUUUUCUUAAGUUUUUAUUCCCAUUUGUUUCAGUGAAUGGCCCUGCUGCUCUUCCCCUGCCUGUAAUGUAUGCAUUUUCCUUGCAAUUUACACAAUGUUUUCAAGUAUUCUGCUACCCAUCCCUGUGAGAUGUCUGCUUACCUUAAACAGUCAGGCAGCUUUGUGGCCUGGCCUUAGCCCCACAUCAGAGAUUUGGCAGCCAGCUGGGGAGGAUUGUAGGCCUGCCUGCAGAUUUGCCAACAGCAGGCAGGCCUAGGUCUGGGGAUUCCCCACAGGGUGGGCCCAACCGGCCAAUGGGCAUCACUUGGGUCCUUCCCUGGGGAAAAUAAAUUGAGGCUGCCCAACACUCCUCUGUUUCUCCAUUGGGUCUCCCACCCUUUUUUCAAAUGCUGCUUCUUUUAUGCUGAGACCUUGCUAUGAACAUUGUUGGCCUCCAUAUUUGGGGGUCAGGCAGGAAUUUUUCCACUUGGCAAAUUGGCACUGGCUACUUGAUUUUCACCUACCUCAUAACAAUCACCACAACUUUCUGAGGUUGGGCACUGAGUAAGCCUUAGUCUUGGUUGGAGGGAAGGUUGUAGCUUCUGCCUGCCCCUCCUUGGUUAAUGGUAUCCAUGUUGCUUCUGCCCAACCCCCAGACAGGGGCUAGAGCCAUAGAACUCUUCCAGCAGGGACCCCUUGGGGGAUACCCCUAUUUGAUGUAGGUCAUAGGGCCCACGCAUGAUGUGGUUUACCCCUACAUACACUCCAAGCAAACCGUCUGGAGUUAAAUAAAUGGCUUCACCGAGUGCCUAUGCCAAACCUUUCACAACUGUAACCAAUAAAGUUGUGGCCUAUUUGAACCCCAAAACUCUAUAGCGUCUGGUUAUUUCAUUACAUAGGGAGCGACUGGGUAACGGGGUCUUGGCACAUGACACACAUGCCACAUUUCAGGCAGUUAUUGGAGUACUGAGUUUGAUUUUCAUCGUAGAAAGGCAAGGAACAAAUGGCUAAAUAAAAUACUGGCCCCAUAAGCAUCUUCCAAGACAACAAUGCCCACUUACCCCACAAAGAACUCCCAGUACGUUUCCAAGCACAAUUCAAAGUGUUGGUGCUGACCUUUAAAGCCCUAAACAGCCUCGGUCCAGUAUACCUGAAGGAGUGUCUCCACCCCCAUUGCUCAGCCCAGACACUGAGAUCCAGCACUUAGGGCCUUCUGGCGGUUCCCUCGAUGAGAGAAGCCAAGUUACAGGGAACCAGGCAGAGGGCCUUCUUGGUAGUAGCAGCUGCCCUGCGGAACACACUACCACCAGAUGUCAAAGAGAAAAAUAAUUACCAAGCUUUUAGAAGACAUCUGAAGGCAGCCCUGUUUAGGGAAGCUUUUAAUGUUAAAUAGGUUAUUGUAUUUUAGGGUCUUGUUGGAAGCCGCCCAGAAUGGCUGGGAAACCCAGCCAGAUGGGCGGUAUAAAUAAUAUAUUAUUAUUAUUAUUAUUAUUAUUACCACCCACCUACUCUCAGCAGCCCGAAACAUCAUAACCAGACACUGGAGAGACCUGUCAGGAGUAAGCAUGGACCAGCGGUAUCAAAUAGUAUGGGAAACAGCCUUACUAGAAAAAUUAACCAAUAAACUGAAAUUGACGCGGGGAAAAUAGAAGAAGAUGCCUUCACCCUGGUAUGACUCCCCUUUAUCACAUACACAGCCCAACAAGACAACGACAAGAAUCCACCAACCUGAUUCAAAAACACCCACCCACCCCACUCACACAUGAAAACAAAGUUCACCACAGCCAAUCGCAAACAAACAACCACACCCUAGGCCAGGGGUCGGCAACCCGCGGCUCCGGAGCCGCAUGUGGCUCUUUUACACCUUUGCCACGGCUCCAGGGCGGAUACUAGUGAGGGGAGAAGGCGCAUUGUGCGCCCCGACACUCCCCACUGUGGCGGGCGCUGUACUGGCUGUGACGUCGCAUGGGGGCGGUGCGUGCGUUAGUCACGCACCGUCCUGACGUCACCUUCCCGCCCUCCCGCCCGCUGCAUUGUAAGGGGCAUGCACGCUGGUCACUGCAUUGAAAGGGGGCAUGUACGCUGGUCACUGUUUUGAAGGGGAGUGAAGAACACACACACACAAAAGGUAAUUUGUUAAUUUAACGUUUAUUUCUAUGAGUAGGAGUAAUUCUGAGGGGUCAAACAAAGAAAUAAUAAUAAAAAGUGACAAAAAAAGUUAUUUUUAUAAUGGCGAGUUUUGCGGCUCCCAGUUUUUUUUUCUUCAGAAACGGGUCCAAGUGGCUCUUUUUGUCUUAAAGGUUGCAGACCCCUGCCCUAGGCCAACCCCAACUUCUCUCACCACCAAAAGAACACAAGCAAAUACCAAAGAGAACCUGCACAAGCGACGCUGACACAAAACCCCACAUAUACAUUAAGUAAAAUAGAAACAUCGCCACCGGACCCCACCCCCACUCACCAUGGCCCCCUCCACCUCUUCCCCACUUUUCUUCCUAAUGUAACACUAAUGGCUCAACAAAUGAAACUGACCUGUAGAAAAUGUAACUUGAAAAAAGAGACGUUGCACAAGAAAUCUUUAAUAAAAAAUACAUUAAAAAGAACCAUUCUGCAGUUUGAAAUCAAUUUAAUAAAACAGUUGCCUGCAACCCAAACGUCCUCUUGAAAAGUAAGGUUUUGCAUAAUGUCUGGAAGGCAAGAAGUGAGCUGUGCCUCAUUGGGGUGCAGCUUCACAGCCUGCCACAGAAAAAGUCCUCUCCAUAUUCCCAAAGAAGUGUAUUUCAGAUGUUACACUAUUCAGAUUAUCUGAAGAGGUAGACAGGUACAGGAAAUGCGAUCCUUCAGCUAAUGUAAUAUUCAUUCUAAAAGUCUAUUUGGCUCUGGCAUAUUACUGUGGCUUCUCUUUCAUCCCACAGAAGAAAAUCCACAGUUAGUGAUCAAAAGAGCUUUCUAGUCACACUCUGUUUUUACAAUUUGCUCCUCUAUGUUCCAGGGACAAAUCUUUUUGGUGGAUUAAUAACCGGAAUUGAAAUGCUGAAGGAAGCUCAGGAAGCUGGAACUUUGCCCGAAAGAAGUGCUUCUUUAAUUAUGAUAUUAUCCGAUGGCCUACCCAAUGAAGGUAUGUUUCCUGACAAGCAAAUAACUUUGACAUGUGAUAAGAUUGCUAUGGAAAAUGAUAAAUCUUCACAGAAAUUUAUAGCAGAGGUGUUAUUUCAAAUUUCAAUUGCUGCAUAUCAGAGGAGUAAGGAAUUUUCAGUAGAAAGGUCAAGAUUCACAACAUUCAAAGGCCUGCUCUUUGAUACAUUUAAUACUGCAUUGUGAAAACGUGUGUAUUUCAAAAUGAUUUUUAAUGGUUAUUUUCUGUCUGAUACUUUGUUGAAACUAUGUCAAUAUUAUUAGUGUGAGUCCAAAAGUAAGCCUUUCUUCAUUGAAGGGAUUUUCUCUAGGGCAGUGGUUCCCAAUUAGCUAAUUACUGAGGACCCCCUAUUUUUCAAAAGCAAAGCCAUGGGACUUCCGGAUCGGUCGCAAUCACGUUCAGGUCAUGAGUUCAUCCAGUGAGCUUGUUGGGACGACUCAAUCAUAGAAAAGGGUAAAAGGGGAGCGAAGGCAACGCAAUACCCAUAAAAAGGCUCAGAAAAGGGUUCUGAGCUCUGACCCAGCCAAGCUGCACAAAAAGGGGUUUCCCAACAGCUCCUGCAUUUAGUAAAGUGGCAGGGAGAGAGGGAGAACUCCAGCACUAAAUACAGUGCCUUCCCUUUCUAUGAGAUGCCUCGAAAGCCUGAGUGAUUCAGCAACAGAUCUCUCCAUAAUCUGAGACUAAAAUAAUAAGACUGCUGGCUGGCAAACAAAGAAAAGGUAUGUACAAUGAUCGGCAGGCAAUUUGAUAGCAAAAAAGGAGUCUAAUGUUACGAGGGGGAGGAAGGAGGUCACCCUCAAACAUGGUUUAUUUUUAUUUUUUUUAUAAUUGAUAUUUAUUAAGUUUUCAAAGAAUAACAACAAAAAUUUCCAAAAAAAAAAAUUGAGGAUACAAAAAACAAAAAUAGUACAUAAACAAAAAAGAAAAGAAAACCCAGCCGCAAAGAAAAAAAAGAGAAACAGAAAAACAAAAAUAUAAAGUCCUUUACAAUCUCUAUUGACUUCCUUUCUAGACUUCCUCCUCCUCCCCUCUUUUGUUUCUUAAUUUUUAAUUUUUACAGCAAAUCCUUUCUGUUUUUUCAUAACAAUCUGUCAUUACGUUUCCUUAUUCUAUUUUCCCUCUUGUCAUAUAAAAACUUUAAGACUCAUAGCUUAUAUUCAAUAUUUACCAAAUUCUUGCAUCAUUACCUUUUUACGAAUCAUUUACCAAUCCUUACUUAAGCCAUGUAAUUUCAUUCAACAUCCUUCAAACAUUUGUAAACAUUCCCAAUGUUAAAAAGUAAAAAAAGAAAAAAUAAUAAGUCAAAUUCAGUCCAGUCGGCUUCCACCCUCCCCUCCCCUGGACCCGGGAUUGUCAGUCCUUUUAACCUCGAUAAUCCAGCUCCUUAACCUGGUUGUCUCGUAUCCGAGGCCCUCAAGUCUCUUUCUUGCCCCUUUCGCCACUCUUGUUGAUGAUUCCUUUCCAGUCGUGGAUGCUCCAGCAAGAAAAUGCUUUUGACCCUUUGCAGCAAGUCCAUCCCAAACCCAUUGCCCAAGCCAGACAGCAAAUAAUACCACUUCAAAUUUCCACACAGCUUGGAGACUUCGGCUACUCCAAUCCUCUGAUAGCCCAUCACCAGACUCGGAAGGUCCAAAUAACCAUAUGGAGGGGGGGUCGAUCCAUCCCCCAUUUCCAAAUCUGACCACAUUUCAUCUUUCCAGAUCUGGUUUGUCCCAAGUUCAUUUAUCAAGUUCAAAGGCUGAUCUUGCCCGUCCAAAGGUCCCUCCAUCUCUGAAGCCUCCGUCACUACAGCAGGUUCAUAUGCUUGUAUAGCCUUUAACUGAAUUUCAUUUGUUUGCUGCUGUGCUCUGGUAACUUCCAUCAUCAAGGUCGUCUCCUGACGCAUCUGGUCCAGCUGGGCACUUAGUUUUGAAAAACCUUCCAGGAACAAUUGUUCAAGCCUUUGUACUAGCAUUGUCCUUCAAGGUCAAAGAAAGUUCUUUCCCACGACAAUAGUCCAAUAGUCCUUCUCUUUUAAUCUCUCUGCGUUGCAAUUUCACUAAAUUCCACUAGAUGGAAAUUUUUUUUUUUUUUUAAAAGGAAUAAAAGCAACAGCAACAAUCUUUCUUUUUUCCAGAAACACUUUAUCCAAAAUUCCCCCCUUCCAAAUUCAAGAGGCAACAGUAGAAUCAAAAUGUUACCCUUCUUUUAACUAACUGUCGAGCUGGAUAAACUUCAGAAUGUCAAUUCUGACAGCCCGCUCCUGGUUCAGGGCAGUGGAAAAUUGCUUUAUUUUAAACUCACUUCCGCAGGAUUGAAAAGUCCAAAUACAACCCCUUCUCUCCUGCAGUCAAAGGGGGGGUUCAGAAAUCUUAGAUGUUGAAUUCUAGUUCUCUUAGGAUUUAAUUUUCAAGCUUUAGUAUAUUUUGUCUUUGCUUUCUUCACAUAACAAAAGAACGGAAGGCGACUUCCUGUUUAGACCUUCCCAUUCCGAGUCCCAAUUAAGUUCAAUUUCAAGUCCAAUAUUAUUUGUUUAUUCACCAGUCUUAAAAGUGGUUCAACUCUUCCAAGAUCAGGUACUCACGGAUAGAUAUUUUAGAUGCCAAAUUGUCCAGGAAAAAGGCAGCGCUCUCCGAUAACGGCAGUGCGGCUUUGCUGCACGGAGGAAGCAGUCGACUCACAGCACCACGCACCUCCACUCCGGAGCCCGUUACCGGGCUCCUGUACAAGGGAGAGAGUGCUCUCGGUGCCCGCCGAGUCCCACGUCCACAGGCUUCUUCCGCCUGUGGUUUUUGCGGGUCCCCGCUGCGCCGUAGCGGCAGGACCCAAGCCUCCGUGCAGCGGGUUCCCUUCAGUCCGAAGGCAAUUCCGCCAUUUUCCGGAGGCGCCACCCCGGAAGUCCCUACCCUCAAACAUGGUUUAAAAGGACACUGUGCUCUAAAAUAUUGCGAAAAGAAGAACUUAAGGACUUAAUUCCUAAUUUGCGAAUCAAGGAUAUUGAAGUACAGAAAAUUGGAAUCUGUUGGAGACAUCUCUGAGGCGGGCAGGAAGAAGUGACUGACACGCAAAAAACUGGAGAAGUGAAACAGUACCAACAAAAAAAAGAAUGGCAAGAGAGAUUAUUUGAUUACCUUGAAUUGGCAAAAAUGAUGGAUAAAAAAAACCCAGUGCCCUCAAAUUAAAACCUGGACUUGCUUCAAAUAAUUUUUGCAAAACAAAGUAUGGUUCACGAAUACAACAUAUGGAGAAGGGUAGAAAAGAUGAAAUGAGAAAGAAACAAUUUAUCAAGUUUAAAAUCAAACCCGCGUUAAGGAGGAAGGAAGUAUUAGAAUAGAAUAAGAACUAAAGCUUGGAUAACAUAAGUCUGUGUGCACAAACUUGCGGAUUUAUGGAUCAUUUAUUUUGAUCCAGUUUAUCAUUUAUUUUGUGUUUUCUUUUGUAGUUCGUUUUUUAAGUGUUGUGUGUGUAUCUGCUGUAAUAAUAAGUUAAUAAAAAGCAUUUAUAUAAAAAAGGCAAAGCCAUGGACCCCCUACUUUUGAACAUUUUGACAACUCUGCACUAGUUACCUCUGGAAAGCAAUUUUUUGAACUAAAUGUGGGGUAGCCCAUAAUAAGCAAAAGAUUUUAAGUAUACUAAAAAAACAGACUAGGGCUGAGCGAUAUCUGGUUUUCAACAUUGUGAUAUAUCAGCAGCUAAACAUUGCAAUAUUCUGAUAUAUCACAAUGUCUUAAAUUGGAGAUCAGGCGUGGGGAUGAGGGAAAGAGCAGUCACAGAGAUUGGGGGGGGGGGGAGAGGAAGUGGAGUCACCUCCUCUGCAUGGUUUGAGUGGGAGGGGAUGGGGAUGGGGGGGUGCAUCAGCAAAGCAACCAGGGAAGAUCCACGUCCACUGUGGCUGGUGCUGCUUUCUUGCUGACUGGGAAAAGCUGCUCUGCCUCAGGGCCCAGGCAAGAUAAUGCCACGGUGCCUUGAAGUGAGGGCAAUUGACUGCCCUGUUCUGCAUCAGCAUGAGAGGAAGGCAGCUCAGAUCAGCAGUGUUAUUGGCUGAAGUCAUCGUGCGAUAUCAGUAGUACCUUGACAUUGGUUGCCCUGCUCUCCCUUAUGUGAGGAGCGAUAUAUUGCUGCAUAUUGCUGGGUCAAAAUCGUUAUUGCGGUGUGAUUUCAAAACUGAUCUUGGCCAAUAUAUCAAAAAACCUCACAGUGCUGAAACAGUCCAUAUAUCUGUGAUAUUACCAUGCAAAAAUGACAAAAAAAUUAGGCAAGGGAUGGGGCCGGGACCCCCAGGGGUCUUCAGAUCCCUAAUUGGGAACCACUGCUUCAGGGUAUCCCUGGUGUAUGGGCACAUUUAAUUGCUCGUUGUUAUCUAUACAAGUUCUGUGAUGUAUUAUAAAAAUAGUAAUUCAGUGUAUAGAUCAUGUGAGUUGGCAAGAAGUACGUUUAUUAAACAUAGUCACAUGGUUUCUAUAAGUGGCCACCUUGAAUUCCUAUCUACAAGAUGAAUGAUCCUGCUGAAUGUGUUCUAAACUUUUUUUCCUAUUUGGGAAGAGAAAAACAUUAAUACUGGUAUCUCAGAAACAAGUAUAACAGGAUUUUUGUUGCUUUUUUCUAUAAAUGUGUGUAACCAUGAGAAACCUAUUCAACAUUAAUUAUUGUCUGUGUUUUCAUACAGGAGUGUCUAGCAUCCAAGAAAUUUUACUCAGAACCAAAAAUGCAACUCAAGGGAAAUUCCCAUAUAUAAUCUUGGGUUUGGUUAUAACCUUGACUAUGGCUUUUUAGAAAGGUUGGCCACGGAGAACAAUGGAGUGGCUCGUCGUAUCUAUGAAGAUUCCGAUUCAGCCCUACAGUUACAGGUAAAAUAUGAUAACAUUAGGUGACAAUUGAUUUUCUUUUUUUAAAGGUUAAAACAGAUAAGCUACUGUUAUUUUCAGAAUGAAGACUCAUCCACUUUAGUACCUCAGCAUGGUAUUGUUACACACCACCCCAAUCUCCACAAAUGGUACAAGAUUCCAGGGUUUGCAGGAAUAUUUAACCAGCGUCUGUGUUUCCUUUUGGGACAAUGAGGCACAGCAGAUACUGAUUUAGACAUGUGUACAACCUGUGGCACGACUGAGCCAGCCCAGCCAGUUUUCAGUGGAGGAAGUAGGCAGGAAGAAACAGGAUUAACUAACAGAAGAGAGGAGCCUAGCCGAGGGCCAACUUCCCCGCCCUCAGGAAUGCUGGUUGCCAAGUCUGUCUUCUCAGGAAGAAGUUGGAGGGGAUCCAAUGAGCCCACAGAGUCGCCGCUGGGGGAGGGUGUGUGAUAGGAGGCGGAAGCAGAAACGUAAGGGGCAGAAAUCCCAUUUAAGUUGGAGGAAGGGGAGGGACUCGGCAGAAGAGUCAUCGUAAUUCAUGAGGGUGGCAGCUGGGUUAAUGCUGUCCGGCAUUAUCUGUGUACUUGAUCAAUAAAUCAUUCUCUCUACUUAACUACGCUUCCUGUGUUGUCAAGCUGAAGGCUGGAUUCCUGACAACCUGCAUUUAGAAUGAAAGAUGGCAGAGCAUUCAGAGCAUCCUAUGAGGGUCUGGCUUCCCCUAGAUUUAAAGGACAGCAAAAAAAACCACCCUCUGUGUCCCUUAGUUCCAUCCUGCCAUCCCCAUCUCACAUGGAGUUCUGCCCUUCCUUCUCCCUCUCACAGCUAACUGACUCCCUGGACCACCCCACAGGCUACGUCAUUCAAAGUUGAAACCCUAAACCUGGUUUUUGCCUCUGCCCACUAGCACCCCAGCAAAUAAGGGCCCCCACUUCUCUUUACCUGGCAGUCUUGCCCUCUGAUGGUUUCCUUGAUGGGUGAUCCCUGGCCUUUGUCGACUGCUACUGGCCCAUCCAGCUAGACUGGUGAUUGGGAGUGGCCGCCGAGACCACAUAACACUGGUCCUGAAAGAUCUACAUUGGCUCCCAGUACGUUUCCGGGCACAAUUCAAAGUGUUGGUGCUGACCUUUAAAGCCCUAAAUGGCCUUGGCCCAGUUUACCUGAAGGAGCAUCUCUAUUCCCACCAUUCAGCCAGGUCCAGCUCUGAGGGCCUUCUGGCGGUUCCCUCACUGCAAGAAGUGAGGUUGCAGGGAACCAGGCAGAGGGCCUUCUUGGUGAUGGCGCCCACCCUGUGGAGCGCCCUCCCACCAGAUGUCAAGGAAAUAAACAACUAUCUGACUUUUAGAAGACAUCUGAAGGCAGCCCUGUUUAGGGAAGUUUUAAUGUUUGAAGUUUUAUUCUGUUUAAUAUUCUGUUGGAAGCAGCCCAGAUUAUUAUUAUUAUUAUUAUUUUAUUAUUAUUUAUUUAUUUAUUUAUUUAUUAUUUAUUAUUCCCAGCUGGCUUGGCUCAUUACUCAUUACCAGGGGGGGUUCCGUGUUUGGCAAAAUUUAAUCAAACCUUGAUUAAUUCAAACUUUUACUAAAUCCAGAAAUUAUGAGGAGUCUCCACCGCCCCCCGCCCCCCCCGGCAAAUUCAUAACAGUAUUGCUAAAACAACACAACCCUGCUCUGCUUUGCUCAGCCCUAUAGAAAGGGGCCAAACAGGAGAAUAACUGUCCCUAAUCUGCCCUGGCAAGGCCACCUCUCCUCAACUCUUCCUGUUCAUAAGGACAAAAGCAAAAUUCAGCUAGAAUGUUAGGAACAACAUGUGCUUUGGAAUACCAAGAAUAUAAUGUUGUGUAUUUCCUUCGAUUCAGUAGAGAUUUUUAAGCAGAGAGGGUGGUUGCCUAAGAGGGAUGCUCAAGUGCCCGUAUGAAGAACCUUUGGCCCUCCAGAUGUUGCUGAACUACAAUUUCCUUCAUCCCUGGUCUUUGGCUAUGCUGGUUGAGGCUGAUGGGAAUUGUAGGCCAGCAACAUCUGGAGGGCCAAAGGCUACCCAGACCUGCUAUAGUGGAUUGAGCUAGAUGACCAUUGAGAUUCAAGCUGACUCCACAUUUUAUGGUUUUAUGGCCUUUGUUCAGCAUGCAGAGGUGAAAUUCUCCUACUUCUAGUGUGCAGAGAUUGAUCAGUAGCAAUCUUGUACUGGAGAGCUUGCCUUGUUCUGUGUUUGGAUUUCUUUAUCAUUUUGCUUUUCCUCCAAGGAAAUUAAAGCAGCAUUUUGGCCUUACAGCAAAACCCUCACAAGUCUAUGAGUCAGAUUAAGCCUACAGUUAAUUUGUUUAUUUUUAUUUAAGAGCAUUUUAAACAUCAAUAAGUAAUCUCAAAGUGGGGCACAAUAAACAAAGCAGAUACUAUUCUGAAGCAGGCACAAAAUAUUUGAUGGACCAAGAUCACCAGGAGAUAAUUUUAUUAUCUACAUGUUUGUAUAUGUAUAUAUGCAUUCUUUUUCUCUUUACAAAAAUAUGCACUGAAACUAGGCUGUGUUUAAGUGUUGGUUUAUUUAUUUUUAUUUUCUAGGACUUUUAUAAUGAGGUGGCCAAUCCCUUACUUACAGAAGUAGAGUUUAAGUACCCUGAAAAUGCCAUCUCUGACUUGACUCAAAAUAAUUUUAAGCACUAUUAUGCUGGUUCUGAAAUUGUUGUGGCUGGACGUAUUAUAGACAAUGACCUAAACAGUAUUACUGCAGAGGUGAAAGCUCAUGGGGUAAGUGCCUUGUUAGGUCUGGCAAUUAUAACAUGUGUGUGGUUAAACUUUCUUUCCUGGCAGUGCUUGCCAUUUUAAAAGGUAGGAAUAUAGCCCUGCUUAUUUAACUUAUAUGCAGAAGUCAUCAUGCGAAAGGCUGGGCUGGAUGAAUCCCAAGCUGAAAUUAAGAUCGCCGGAAGAAAUAUCAACAACCUCAGAUAUGCAGAUGACACCACCUUGAUGGCAGAAAGUGAAGAGGAAUUAAAGAACCUUUUAUUGAGGGUGAAAGAGGAGAGCAAAAUAUGGUCUGAAGCUCAACAUCAGAUCAUGGCCACUGGUCCCAUCACCUCCUGGCAAAUAGAAGGGGAAGAAAUGGAGGCAGUGAGAGAUUUUACUUUCUUGGGCUCCAUGAUCACUGCAGAUGGUGACAGCAGUCACGAAAUUAAAAGACACCUGCUCCUUGGGAGAAAGGCGAUGGCAAACCUAGACAGCAUCUUAAAAAGCAGAGACAUCACCUUGCCAACAAAGGUUCGUAUAGUUAAAGCCAUGGUUUUCCCAGUAGUGAUGUAUGGAAUUGAGAGCUGGACCAUCAAGAAGGCUGAUCGCCGAAGAAUUGAUGCUUUUGAAUUAUGGUGCUGGAGGAGACUCUUGAGAGUCCCAUGAACUGCAAGAAGAUCAAACCUAUCCAUUCUUAAGGAAAUCAGCCCUGAGUGUUCACUGGAAGGACAGAUCCUGAAGCUGAGGCUCCAAUACUUUGGCCACCUCAUGAGAAGAGAAGACUCCCUGGAAAAGAUCCUGAUGCUGGGAAAGAUGGAGGGCACAAGGAGAAGGGGACGACAGAGGACGAGAUGGUUGGACAGUGUUCUCGAAGCUACAAACAUGAGUCUGACCAAACUGCGGGAGGCAGUGGAAGACAGGAGUGCCUGGCGUGCUCUGGUCCAUGGGGUCACGAAGAGUCGGACACAACUAAACGACUAAACAACAAAUAGCUCUGUAGAUAAAGUUACAAGCUUCUUGUUGUGUGUGAGUUCAUGUUUCCUUGUGUGUGAGAGAAAGAAGAUUGCUUCUGAUCCUGUAGCUGCCUAUGAUUCCCAUUAUGCCUACCCCUAACCCAUUCCUGACCAACAUGGAAGUGAACUUGUCCAGAAUUUUCACUCCGUGAGUCACUGCCGUUUAGAUCCAUAUUUUUCAGCUUUCUGUCUGAAAACUUACCAAAACGAGAGCCAAAGGCCACUUGGCUAACCAACUCCCAUAGCUGCCUUCAUGAACAGCCAUUCCCCAUAGAUAUUACGCAGAGGUAUGAAAUAUUUAGAACCCAACCUUGCUUAUUUUUCACUUCCCUUCUUGCUGCUUUUUGUCUUUUGCCUUUUAUUUGCAAGCUAUUAUUUUAAACUGUAAAUUAACUUGGUUGCUUUGGGAAAAGGUAGUAUACAGAUGUUGCAAGCAAGCUAAUGAAUAAAAUGAAGUAUUUCUUUUAAAUGCCUAACAGGCAGAACAAGACGUGACUUACGCUGAACAAGCAGAUGUUGAAGAAACAGCUAAAGCUACUGAAGAACAGAAAUACAUAUUUGGGGAUUUUAUUGAGAGACUUUGGGCUUAUCUCACCAUUCAACAGCUUCUGGAAAAACGGUAUUGGACGGUGCUUUCUGAUGUCAUGAAUAAGAUCAAAAAUUUGGAGAAAUAUCCCACAUCUAAUCGAAUAAAGCUGAAAUCCAAUGCAAAAUUUCCUAGAGUGUGGACAAUUGAACAUGGUAGGACUGUACAUCAUAGGAUUGUUCUGGAAUUGCCCUCAUUUUUUUUAGGAGGGCAUUUGUCUUAAGUGGGAUAAAAGCACCCUUCCAAUGGAUCUGUCUUAUGCACGGCUUUUUUUCAGCCGGAACUCAGUUCUGGCACCUCUCAGGUGGGCACCAUUGCCAUUAUAAGCAAACAAGGGUGCGUUCCGACACCUCUUUUUUCUAUAACAAUAGCACUGGUCUUCUGCUUUGUGAAGUCAUUUCAAGUACAGUGAACCUUAAACCCUAAAUCUAGCUCUUCAGUUUCAGCCAUUCCCCGUAGCCGAAAACUUAAAUGCUUGUGACAUAGAGAGGUCUCCUCACUUGAUUAAAAGUCUUCCUUUUCCAAGGUGGGAGGAAAUAGUGUCUUGACCAACAAGCUACCAAAGAGGCAUCCGAUUAAAGUUUAUAAUCUACCCUAUAUAUCCAAUGUUCUCUUGAAGCCAUUGGAAUUGUAUUCUCUUUCAACCAUACUACUGUGCAUAUUUCAGAAUAGUUUGCCCUAAUUAAUGCCAUGUAAUCAUCUUACAUGGCAGUUCCCUAAAACAAAGAACUCUGCCUUCUCUGUUCUCCAGCCUCAGCUGAUGUUGUCAAAUAUAUUCCCUUUUUUUGGCCCACCACAUUUUUCAAAAUUGUUGCCAGAGUUGGGUGCAGGAUUUGCACUUUCAGCUGCUGCACAUAAGAAAGGCCCUCUGUCUCUAGCAGAGAUUUAUUGCAGAAGCAGUGUGAAUGCAGACACCCUUUAUCAUUUCUAGAAUUAUAUCUUAUUUCCCAUCAAGGAACAAAUACUUCUAUGCAGUUAUGUUGCAUUUAAAACACAGAGGUUCUGUUUUUAGCUAUUAUGAUGGUCAAUAGCCAUAGACAGACCUAUCCUACAUGGAGUACUCUAAUUCUUUUUUAACCAUCUGUGUCAUUGACUGCAACACUGAGGUGGCUCAUGUGUGACCCUCCUAAUGUUUUGGACCACAACUCCCCACAUCCCUGGCUGUGCUCGAUGGGGCUGAUGGGGAUUGGAGUCCCAACGACAUCUGGAGGGCCCCAGGCUAGCCACUUCUGAUGUAAUACAACAUAUGGGGGCAACCAAUUUACUUGAUGCUGUCCUUUCAUCCAGCAAUGUAGCAACGGGAGACGAAAAGACUAAUCUGACUGCUGAAAUCUUGGACAUGUCUCUGAAAUACAAGUUUGUGACUCCUUUAACAUCUAUGGUAGUUACAAAGCCAGAAGACACAGUGAAUGACACUGCAAUUGCUGACAAGCCUCUGGAAGGUAGAGAUAUAUUAUACCGUAUUUAUUUUAUUUUACCCAGGGGGUUGUGAUCCUGACUCCCAAUUUCAUUGUUGCAAAAUGCAAUAUUAAAAUCAGUGAAAACAACACAGUGUCAGAAGAAUGUGGCGGCUAAUACAUAUAUAUACCUCAGGUGUCAAUACCAUGCUUGAUUCAGUCUGUAGCAGUAGAAGUCUGCUCACCCUUGUGGUGCGGCGGUGUUGGUGGAUGGCAGAGACUCUUUCCAGGCCCCAGCAAGGAAUCCCAGGAUCGGCCUCCUGUUCUGAUGGGUGGCGUGGGUCUAAGCCCACACCACCUGUCAGGAGACGGAUCCUAUCCUGCACCCAGGAUUGGCGAAUGGGGGUGCAAGCUCGAAUGUGGGCUGGGACGGGGGACAGAGCUCUCUUCCAACUCACCCCCUCCACCCAUUCAAUUCCCCCGCAUAUCAUACAAAGACCCUCUAUUUAAAACCUUUUCUUAUGAGGCAAUAAUCAAUAUUUUUAUUUAUGGACAUAUUUAUGGAAACAUUUUUAGCUGAUUUUGCGCCCCCCCCCCCCGCCUGUGCCCCUGGCAGGGGCCUUCCUCAUCACCCCCUAGCUAUGACCCUGUUAGGAACCCCUGCUUGGAUUGACCAUAGUGUCACUUCCGGCAGGCGGGCUGGAAGUAUUUAAUUGCCCCAUGCCCAAGCCAAUCCUCUUUCAUCUGUAUUCAAUAUAUUGUGGCCUGUUUUGAUCCAAUAUCAGUCUUUGAUUUCUUGGGAUUGGGGGCUAGGGAGCACAACGCCUGGGACUGCAAGUUGUUAUUCCACAAUCCUUUAUAUAUCUGAUAUCUUGGAUGUAUCCAGAUUCUGUUGAGAAUGUUCUACUGUUCGUUUGCUUUCAAAGUACUUCAGGGCGAGCCCACACAUGAGGUGGAGUGAGGCAGUUGCCUCAGGUGGCAGAUCUGGCCUCUUUGUGCACUACUCGGUGCCUCAUGUACUUAGCAGUCUCUGCCGCCACCUUCUUCUCUGCUGCCUGCUCAGCUCCUUCUCCUCUAUGGCCUCCUUUUACUCCCUUGCUGCGCCGGGGCUUCCUCAGGCUGCCUCCAAUCACCUCAGACAGCAGCUGCAGAAGAGGUGGUGGCGGCAGCAGUGGUAGGGGGCACUGAGCAAAAGAAGGAGGAGGAGGCAGGUGAGGAGGGUGUAUGUGGCAUUUUCCGUUUUGCCUCAAGUGGCAAAAUGUCCUAGGCUGAAGUAAUCUAUGUCAGAAUGAAUGUUUCUAAAUGUUUAACUCUCCCUUUUCUUCUUCUUUUUUCUUUUCAUGUUGAAAACAGCUGAUGGUAAGUUUUAUUGCAUUGAUCGUUUUACUGUUAAUUAUUAUUUUACUUUCAUUAUUGAGCAAGUGUAUACUAAAUAGCUAUCAUGUGGGGACCCUUGUCCCUGGCAGGGACAGAUUGCACACAGUGUACCAAGUCAUUUGUGUAUCAUGCUGUUCGUUGCUUUGGAUGCUUUGGUGAUGGAAAGAAAACUGCCCCGAUUUCUCUGUAAGGAUUUUAAGGGAAAUUUUUGGAAUUAGUAGUCUAAACUGAGCACACAUAUGGUUAAUAUUGCUACUGCAAUUUUAAAUGCUAGUUAUGUUUGUGAUGUCAGAUCUAGAACUCAGAAAUAAUAAUAAUAAUAAUAAUAAUAAUAAUAAUAAUAAUAAUAAUGUGCAAAUACAAUAGCCAAAUGAUAACUGGACUACUAUAUAGGAGCUGAACAGACGAAUAUAAGGUGUACUUGCUUAAAUCACACUGCUACAAAACUGUUGAAGGUACAGGAGCUAUGCACUCCUUUGUAUCUGUCCACCCUAAGGACAGAAUGAAUCCAAUAACAUUUUUUCAUAGGUACAACUUUAACUGGACAGCAGUACAUAUCUCUUAUGGUCCAUGCCACUCUGACACAAUUUUCCCCAUAUUUAUGUUUCAUUUCCAUGAGAAUUUUUGAAAGAAUUCUUCUUAAAUACAUAUUUAAAUGCUUGAUGAAAUACAUUUUUAAAUGUGCAUUUCUCUAAAAACACAUAUAAAAUACUUAUUUUGCUCAAAAUAUGUAUCUAAAUGCAUGUUUUCUCUCACAACACACAUUUAAACAUUUACUUUCAUUCAGGAUACAUAUUAUAUUGCACAGUUGACAAGUUUAAACUGCAAAAACUGUGUCACAACAUUUAAAGAACUGCAAAACAAGGGUAGCUAUCUUUUGAUCUGCACAUUGAUCCAAAAUGUCAUUUCAGUAUAGGAAGUCACGUAAACAUCCCUAUGUUCUGAUAACCAUUUAGAAGACAAUUAGAGAAGAUACCAUAGGGAAAAUAGGGUGCAAUGUUUCAGAGCCCCAGAACAUGAGCCCAGCAAGAGAGCAGUGUGCAGGGUGGGGACCAAAGGUUGGCAAGCUACCCCAGAAGGAGUAGGAAGUGUCUCCCACAAGAGGUACUACCCUUCCCCUAAUACCCCAUAGACUCCAAGAACUCCAGCUACCAUUCAGAAAUCUAGUAAGACCUGUAUCUAACCAACUGCACAUUACAAAGACUGACAUCUGUGGUACAUAGGAACAUAGACUUGGCUUUAUACAACAUCAGGCCUUCUAAUUCAGUAUUGUCAACAACACUUGCUGGCACCAGCUCUCCUGGGUGGUAUGCCACUAAGUUUUACUGAGAGUAAACCUGCUGAAAUUAAUGAACACUAUUAAGCUACGUCCAUUGAUUUCAAUAGGUCUACUCUGAGUAAAGCUUAGUAGAGUACCACCCAGAUUUGCUCUGGAGGAUUGGGGAAACUCCCACAACACAUGGGUGCUGAGAGGGGGAUGACCCCUCAGUGCAUGAAAUGGAAUAUUUACCAUUGUGCUAGAAUACAAUCCAUAAUAAUCUGUGUUUAUUUUAUUGCCUGUAUCAUGGUUAUUUCACCUCUUUUGUUUAUUCCGUAAUAACAGCAACAUUUUUUCAAUGAAACUGUGAAGUAGCAUAAGAUUCAUUGAACCUUUACUUUUGUCUGUUCUGAUCAGGAACAGUAUAUAAUCAAGUUACGUUUAUUUAAAAUUGGUAUGAAAAUUCAUCUCUCUCUCUCUGACUCUCUCUCUCUCUAUAUAUAUAUGCAUUCUGUUUUGCCUCUAGUGUAACAUUUUCUUAUUUCUACAUAGCAUCACGUCCUGUUAUUCCAGCAUAUAGUGCACCACAACACUAUCACAGAUAUACCAGCGGUGAGUUUUGUUUGGAAUUGUUACAGAUAAUGGAUAGUGAGAUCUGUGGUCUAAAACACUUAAGUUCUACAGUCUCCGCGACAGCAUUCCAUAUUGUGACCAAUUUCCAUCAUAACACAGAGACAUAUCGGUAGUUCCCAGUUCAGAUUUCAUGAUGAGCCAGGGUUUGAAGAGUUAGGAAUGUUCUGGAAGGCUCCUGCUCUCCCUCUUCUCCUCUCGUAUUCAAGUUUCCUUCUUUACUUUCUGGUUUUCUCUAACCUUGGUAUGCCAUGACAUUCAAAUUGGACAGCAUUGCCAUAAAGCCAUAGUUUGGAUAAAGGGCAGGAUAGAAAUUUAAUAAAUAAAUAAAGUAGCAGCCCUGUUAGACCCCCAUAGGCAUUAACGCUUGGGUCGUUAUAGGCAUCCGAUAUCAUCCCUGCAUACCCUGUACACUCAUACACAAUAGUUCAUAAUUCAUGUAGUAAUUAAAUCAAUAACUCUUAAAUCAUUAUUACAUCACAUUAAAAUCAUUGUCAAAUGCAACUCUCUUUCUUAAGCUAUGACUAUGUAGGGGUGUGUGUGAAUGUGUUUGAUCCCAAUUAGUAAAGCUAUUUUUGUGAGAAUAGGUGGUUCUAGCAUGCUUAAGGCAGAAUUACAUACUGUACUAUGAAACAAGCAAGUGGUUCCUAACUCUCUGUUUGCCUCCUAACUCUAAUUGGGGAGGAGCAUUUGUCAGGAAGAAUUGGCAGGCGGGAGAGGGUGGCGCCUAACCCUUCCAGAACUACUUUGUCCCUGCAAAUCCCAACAAUCCACGCCAUACUCCUACUAUUUCCCUUCUGCAAGGUUCUGAGGUUGGAAGUAAGACUAGUUGAGAGGAAAACAUCCUAGGAGGAGAAUUUAUUCAGGUUAGGCACCCAAGUAUCAGUUUAGUUUUGCCCUACAAAGAUUCUACCCCCAGCCCCACCAAUGUUCAUGUUACUAAGGCAAACAGAGUUGUAAGGAACCACAUCUGCUGCAGGAACAUGUAGUUCCAUCCAAACUUUGUAAUGGAUUGUGAACUUUUUCUGGAGCACAGUAAGGGCAUUACAGGCAGAGAUAAUUUCUCUCCGCAUUUCUGGAGUCUUUCUGUAUUCUUUAAAUGUGAAAUGAACUUGUGCUUUCAGAGAAUGAUCAGUGAUCUAAUUGUAAAUAUCCAUUUGCAGUCGAUGCAGAUCCACACUUCAUUAUUGAUGUGCCCCAAAAAGAAGAUGCUCUUUGCUUUAACAUUAAUGAAGAGCCAGGCGUUGUGUUAAACCUAAUCAGAGACCCAACUACAGGUAAGCUUUUAUCACACAUGCUGAGCACCACUUGCCACUCUCUGAGUGCAGAGUCUGCAGCCUUGAGCCCCAUGUAGCUAUGAAAGUGCUCAGUAACACCCUUGCAUAAGGACAUGGGCUGCUCCUCCUCAGCUCUUGGUUGCUGUGCAGUCCCAUCCAGCUGGUACCUACAGCUACCCACCCACCCUCACAUACACACACAUACACACACACAUGCACCAGCAUUGUUUUCAGCCAGUGUGGUGUAGUGGUUAAGAGUGGUGGACUCAUAAUCUGGUGAACUGUGUUCGCUUCCCCGCUCCUCCUCAUGCAGCUGCUGGGUGACCUUGAGCUAGUCACACUUCUUGAAGUCUCUCAGCCUCACUCACCUCACAGAGUGUUUGUUGUGGGAGAGGAAGGGAAAAGAGAUUGUUAGCCACUUUGAGACUCCUUAGGGUAGUGAUAAAGCGGGAUAUCAAAUCCAAACCCUUCUUCUACUUUCCAAUAGCUAGAUGCACUUGGAGCCUGUUAUCUCUGUUUUCACUACAAGAGGGAACCUGCAGGAUCUGACAGAUGCCUAAAGGUGGCUUGGGUGGUGUGAUGGGAUGAUGAGCUGCUUGUGCGUAAAAUCGUAUCCCCUCAGAGUUUGUUCAAGUCCACAAACCUCUGUCUGUGACGGAGCCCCUCAGACAUGGCUCCUCUAGUCACUGGCAGAUUCCGACAGUGGUUGCUUUCGGAUUUCUUCCAACAUAAAAGCUCCUUAACGGAAACACGUCUUCUGGACUCUCUGCGUGACAGUUUCCGGCGAGGAGUGGGUGUCCCUACAGGAGGUCCUGAAACCUCCCCACUGUUUUCGCUGGAAGUGUCUCUGAGCCAUCCCUCCAGCUCACUUUCCCUCAGCUCAGCUCCUCUCCCCCUACUGGUUCCCUCUUCAGCUGCUGAGUCUCUCCCACCCUGUGUGAGCCCUUUCACCUCCCUUCCUUCCGAUGGCAGUUCCCUGACAUCCACCUCCCCCUCCAGGGCCCCCUUCACCCCCUCUCGCCCCCUCCUCUACGGGCGGUGAGGAGGCAAAACCCGGAAUGAACUUCCUUCAUCUUCCGAUGUCUCGAACACUUCUCUCCACCUGUUGCGGUUCCUGGUCUCGAAGUACUCCUCCUCCUCAGAGUCCAUCUCCCCUUCCCCUUCCGAGUCCAGGAAUCCUUCCAACUCCUCCUCCUCAUCAGUGGUCCCAAAGUAUUCCCUCCGGAACCUCUCCACAGGCUGAGGUUUCCUUGGGAACCUUUGAUGGAACGUUUCUAUCAAUACCUCGUCAUUGAUAUCUUCGGCCAUUACCCAAGUGUUUUCUGACUCCGGUUCUCCUUCCCACGCUACCAAAUACUCCACCUGAUCCCCCUUCCACCUGGCGUCGAGGAUUUCUGCCACAUGGCUGCUGCAUUCUCUUUCUUCUAUGACCGGUCCCAGUGGCCAUCCCUUCUCGUCCCCCCUGGUACGGUGACAGUAACGACCUGUGAAAUACUGGGUGCAGUUUCAUGUGGUUGGGUAACCGGAGCCUGAAAGCCACUGGGUUGACCUGUUGAAUGACCUCAAAGGGACCCAACCUCCUGGGUCUUAAUUUCUUACAACCUCCUUUGAGCGGCAGCCCUUGGGUUGACAGCCACACCCUAUCUCCCACCCUUAUGGUUUCACCUUCCCUUCGGUUCUUGUCUGCCUGCCUCUUGUAUUCUUCCUUCGCCCUUUCUAAGUUGAGUUGGAGCUGACGAUGGAUUGCUUCCAUUUCUUCUACAAAAUGCUCGGCUGCCGGGACGCUCCAUCUCUCCCCUUCUCCCCCUGGGAAAGCCCUGGGAUGACACCCAUAAUUAGCCAAGAAGGGGCUCAUCCCUGUGGACACAUUCUCGGCAUUGUUGUAGGCAAAUUCCGCCAGCGCCAACUUUUCUACCCAGUCAUUCUCUCUGUCAUUGACAUAACACCUCAGGUAUUGCUGGAGGACACCGUUUGCUCUUUUCCAUCGGUUUUUGUAAAUCCACAUGCAGGAGUUGUUGUUCCGAGGCGAAGGCCCUUUUUAGUUCCUCAAAUGCUCGCUCCGCCUCCUCAGUCCAAACGAACUUCUUCUUACUGCUGAGACAGUCCGUAAUGGGCGCCGUCAGGUGGGCAAAGUUUCGGAUGAACUUACGAUAGAAGUUCCCAAAUCCUAGGAACCUCUGCACAUCCUUCCUUGUUUUGGGUGUUUUCCAUUCCAGCACCGCCUGGACCUUGCCGGGAUCCAUGGCCAAUCCCUUGUCUGACAGGCGAUACCCCAGGAAUUCCACCUCCUUGGUAUGAAACUGACACUUCUCCAGUUUCACCCACAGCUGGUUGGCUUGCAGCCUGCUCAACACUUCUCUGACGUCUCUCACAUGCUGCUCCUCAUUCUCAGAAUACACCAACACGUCGUCUAAGAAGGCCACACAAUUCUUGUAAAGCAAAGGCCCCAGGACGUGGUUCAUCACCGAUUGAAAGCAUGCGGAGCCUGCUUGUAGGCCGAAGGGCAUAACUAAAUAUUCAAAUGCCCCUAAAGGGGUGAACAUGGUGGUUUUCCAUUCAUCCCCCUUCCUUAUUCGUAUCAGGUUGUACGCCCCCCUUAGGUCCAGCUUUGUGAAAAUCUUUCCCUUCCGCACCCUUGUCAAAAUGUCGUCAAUCCUGGGCAUAGGGAAGGCCACUGGUUCUGACACUGCAUUUAAGGCCCUGAAGUCACACACCAGCCUCGGCUUGUUCGUGUUUUUAUCCACAAAAACACUGGGCUGCCCCACCGCCCUGGACUCUCUGAUGAACCCUCUCUUCAGGUUCUUGUCAAUGAACUCUCUUAGCUCCUGCAUCUCUCUGUCUGACAUGGCGUACAGCUUGCCUACAGGGAGCUGUGCCCCAGGGAGUAAAUUGAUUUGACAGUCAAAGGGUCUAUGCGGGGUAGUUGGUCAGCUUCCCUUUCGCUGAAGACGUCGCGGAGAUCUGCGUAUUGUCGUGGUACCUUCACGUUCUCCGUUACUUCAGUCCCUGCUAGGGUGGCUUGGGCCCCUGCCAAACCCUUUCCCUCUUUGCAAUGUUCUAAGCAAUGUGCUGAACCAAAAGAAACCACUCUCUGAUGCCAGCCCACCAGCGGAUCAUGUAACGCUAGCCAGCUCAUCCCCAAUAUAAUGGGAGCUCCUCCCAAGGUGGCCACAUUAAACGCUAUCAGUUCGGUGUGCCUUGCCACCUUCAUUAUCAUUGGGACGGUCUGCAAGCUGACUUCUCCUCCCAACAGCUCCCUGCCAUCGAUCGUGGUCACCUGCAGGGGUUGCUUAACGGGAUCGUCUGUAUCUGGUGUUCAGCUGCAAACUCUUUGCUCAUGAAAUUGCAGGAGCUGCCUGAGUCCAACAGCGCCUUUAUCUUUAGAGGGUGUCCGUUUGGCAGCUCUAGCGCCACUUCUAUCACUAGGGCGGGUUUAGGAGGUUCUGGCUUGGGCACUCUCACUGCUCUUUGGCCUGGCUGCUGUGCCCCGACGGUGGCAGCCAGGCGUUGGCGUUGGCUUGCUCCGGUAUUUCUUCCUCUCUUCCCUCCACAGCUCCUACCAUCCCUUGCCAUUCCUUCCUCUGGGGGCAGACUCUGGCAAAGUGACCUGGCUGUUGGCAGAGAUAGCAUUUCCGGGCGCCUUUUCGCUCCUUCUUUCCCCCCUCACUGGGCUUUGAAACUGCGCGCGCGCGCGCUGUUCCGAUUUCCAUCGGCUCUGCCGGCGGGAAAGUUGGCUCUGGAAUGUCUGGAAUGCGUAACUCCUUCCAACGUUCCCCCUUCCCUUCCCGCCUCUCCAAUGCUCUCACCUCCUGGCGCGCUCCUAUGGUCAGCGCUGAUUUGGUCAGCUGGUCCAUAGACUCCACCCUGGGCGCCCGGGAAAGUUCGUCUUUCACAGCCGAAGAAAGCCCUUCUUCAAAGAGCAUGUGAAUGGGUUCCGCCGAUAAGUCCCACCCCAAUCUGUGAACCAGCAUGGUGAACUCAGUCCAGUACUCACGGACAGAUCGGCUCCCCUGUUUGCAAGCCAUUAACUGUCUGCGCACCACUCCCUGUUCAAUAUCGCUGGAAAACAUCAGAUCCAUGGCGCGAAAGAACUUCAUCGUGUCCUUUAGGAGGUCACUAUUCGCUGCCAUCAGGGGUCUAACCCAGUCUCUCGCCCCCUUUUCAAGAUGCCCAAUCACGAAAGCCACUCGUGAUUCCUCGUCAGGGAAUUCAUCAAACUGCAGAUUGAGGGCAUAUUGCAUCUCUGUCCGAAAGCCAUGAUAGUCUUUGGGCUCCCCCCCAAACUUCUGCACCAAUCCUGGUACCUUUCUGGCGAGCUGGGUGGCUUUCCCCUUGUUGUCUGCAUCCUGAGCCCUCCUCUCCUCAAGCCUCGCCGUCUGCAGCGCUAGCUGGACCUCCAACACCCGGUACCUUUCUUCCAGGCUUGGACCCGCUCCAGCUCCUGCUUCUCCGGUUCCGGCUGGGUUGCUCAUGAUGCCUUCUCCUGCACAAGCUGCUUUCAAAGACUGUCGGAAUGCUGUGAUGGGAUGAUGAGCUGCUUGUGCGUAAAAUCGUAUCCCCUCAGAGUUUGUUCAAGUCCACAAACCUCUGUCUGUGAUGAGCCCCUCAGACAUGGCUCCUCUAGUCACUGGCAGAUUCCGACAGUGGUUGCUUUGAAUUUCUUCCAACAUAAAAGCUCCUUAACGGAAACACGUCUUCUGGACUCUCUGCGUGACAGUUUCCGGCGAGGAGUGGGUGUCCCUACAGGAGGUCCUGAAACCUCCCCACUGUUUUCGCUGGAAGUGUCUCUGAGCCAUCCCUCCAGCUCACUUUCCCUCAGCUCAGCUCCUCUCCCCCUACUGGUUCCCUCUUCAGCUGCUGAGUCUCUCCCAACCUGUGUGAGCCCUUUCACCUCCCUUCCUUCCGAUGGCAGUUCCCUGACAGGUGGGAAGUCAGUAAGGCCAGACUAGAAUAAAAGGAUCUUUGAUAGUUUCAAACUGAGAGUUUUCUCCAACAGCAAUCUGGGGUUCAGCUAAGGCCUUUUAUCCUGUCCCCUUCUGGUGGAGUUCCUUAGGGAGGUAGUCCUCUGGCAAUUUUUUAUAUUGUAUAUUUAGUUGUCCAUAGAAAACUGCUCUUUUAGCUACCAAGGCUUAUUUUUCUGAAGAAUUUUUAUUUACUUAUGCCCCUCCUUUUCUUUUUAGGUAUUUCUGUCAAUGGGCAACUUAUUGGCGAAAAGAAGAGCAGUAAUGAUGUAGGGUCAAUACACAAUACCUAUAUUGGAAGACUUGGGAUUCGAAAUACGCAGUUGAAUGUAAAGCUUGAAAUAACUCCUGAGAGUAUCACUCUUCACAAUGGCACAAAGCAAAUGAUGUUCACAUGGCUUGAUGAAGUUACCUUACUACAUCCUAGGUAAAAUUCACACACCAAGCAUGUUUUAAAAUAUAUUUUUUCUUAAGCAAAGAAACAGAUAACAGAAGACAUAAAAGAUAAGGAAGGACUGUAGCUCAGUGGCAAAGUAUCUGCUUGGCAUGCAGACUCAGGUUCAAGCCCCAGUAUGUAUGGGUAGGGCAGAGAAUAUCCUUGCCUAAAAUCCUGGAGAAAUGCUGCCAGUCAGUGUUGACCAGACUUUUUCAACCUCAGGUCCCUAGAUGUUGUUGGACUACAACUCCCACCAUUCCUGGCUAGCAAGACUAGUGGUCAAGGAUGAUGGGAGUUGUAGUCCAACGACAUCUGGGGACCCAAGAAAGGCUGAUGUAGACAAUACUGAGCUAUAUGGACCACAGGCCUGACUCAACACAAGGCAGCUUCCUAUUCUUAAAUACACUUCCCCAAAGUCUUUUAUUCGAGUUGCUGUAGCGAUUUGUAGUGUUAACCAUUGAAUGCACCUGUUCAUACUGUAUUUCUUUAUCCAAACUAGUUUGACUUUGAAAAUCAUUCGGAAAAAGAGCCUGGAAUUUUCAAUGGGAGAAGGAGCAACAUUUAUAGUGGUUUUGCAUCAGUCAUGGAGCAAACAUGCAGUACAUCCGAAUUUUCUAGGAUUUUACACGUUGGAUAGUCACAGGUUGUCUGGGCGUACCCAUGGUUUAUUAGGUAUGAAUUUGUGAAAUGAUUGAUAUGCUGAACAUGAAAAGCAAUAUUCAUUUUCCAGAAGUAUGGAAACCUUAUUUGAAUUGAAAACCUUUGGGGCAAGGAGUAAACCACAAUGUGCAAAUAUUUAAACAAAGGAGGAAAGUAACAAGUUUGAUAGAUGGGAGCGGGAAAAGGAUGGGGGAAAUAAGAUAUUUCCUUCUUAGUAAGUUCUGCUGAGCAAAAGAAAGCAUGCUUUUCAGUAAACCUAAUAAGAUUAGGCUGUACAUUUGUUUGUUUUUAAGUUUGGGACCUCUUACGUGCGUGCAAUGCAGCUUCUGAACGUUAAAAAUGUAAACAGUGCAGUGUUUUUCCUUAAUUUCCCCCCUGUCAAGUGUCUUAUAAGGAUUGGAAAUUUUUGCCUUGCCAUCAUUUUGCAAGCUAGGAAACAAGAGCUUAAAUGUGCAUAAUGACCAGGUUUUCCUAUCAUUAUGCCAUUCACAGUGAUAGUUACACAGUUUUAGACCCUGGACAUAAUGGUCUGGAAGUGACUCUUUAAAAUGUAAUGUGUAUUCUUACUAGUAAUUCAGUUCCGCCAUGGCUAGGGGCCUCCUACUCAUUCUAAAGAGCGGGACCCUGGCCUUCUGCUUCCUGGUCCUGCCCUAACAGCACCACUGGACAUCCAUAAAUUUGGCAUCAUUCCAUGAAAAACAUCCCAGUGGAUACCUAUAUCUCUUAUCAGUCCAUAAUGUUACAGCUACCACAAGAGCAAUUGUAUUUGACCAGUCUACAAACUAAAUAAAACUAAGAAAUAGACCAUGUUCCUAACUAGGGAUGUUUGAGAAAUUUGUUAUUUGUAGAUUCUGAUAUAAACGGACCUGAUCUGUAGCUCCAGCUCUAAUGGAGACUGGAAUUUAGUUAUGCAUCAGCUUUCCUGCUUUCUGAAUGUCCCUGACAUGGUUCUCAAUUUUGCAUUUUUAUUUUAACAAAAUGCUUUCAAAUGUUUUAAGAUAAAAUGUAUUUAGGCAGCAAUGCUAUUCACACAUACUUUGGAUGAAUCAAGCUGCACUGUACUCAGUGGGACUUCUGAAUAGAUUUAUAGGACUGCGCUAUAGAUAGAUCUGUCUAUGCACUAGACAUACAAUGCAUAUUUUGAGAGAAAAUGCAUUUAAAAACACAAAUUUAAAUACAUUUUUGGUGCAGAAUCUAGUAUUACAUUAAGUGCCAUGAGGAACUACUAUUUUAAUUCCAGUUCUAGAUGAUUGUGAAAGAACAAUUCCCUCAGCACCACUGAAAGAUCUUAGUGUGGAAGCAACUCAAACCCAUAGUGAUAAUUGCUAUUGCUUUUUUUACCCUUUAGGGCAGUUUUUCCACCCAAUUGACUUUAAUAUACUUGAAGUCCACCCUGGGUCUGAUCCUCAGAAACCAGAUGCUACAAUGAUUGUGAAAAAUAACCAGCUGACAGUAACCAGGUAAACAGCAAUUCAGGUAUCUGAGAAAUAGUAUUUUGCCUGCAUGAAGCUCUGGCUUUUAAUUUUAAUACUGUAUAUUUUUUCUUUUCUUUUUAGGGGAUGGCAGAAAGAUUACACAGAAGAUGUAAAGCAUGGUACAAAUGUCCCUUGUUGGUUUAUUCACAACAACGGGGAAGGUCUAAUUGAUGGCAUAUACACAGACUACAUUGUUCCUAGCUUGUUUUAG